AUGGUCACAUCGCUUCUUCGGCAAGGAUCCGAUCUGUACCAGGAGUUUCCUCAGGCUCUUUAUAGCCGAGAACGCUAUUCUAAACCCAGAGCACCCUUCCCCGGUGAAGAUCCCCCGCGCACAUUUUUCCCAGACUGUCCCAAGGCGGCCGAUAGCCUAAAUUGGAUGGAAGAGAAUGAGCAUCCGCACUUUUCAGAUGAUGAGUGGGAAAACGAAGAAACAGCGCCUGUGUGGGGUGCUCGACAUCUCAUACAUGCUAUCAUCGAGGAUGGGAUUUGGUUCAAGCAGUUAAUAGGCUAUCCCGGCUUUCUGGAAUCAUUAGAUCUUGAACAUCGUGAUCCUCAAGGACGCACACUCCUGCUCAGUGCGUGUCGAACUGCAGCCGGAGCCGAUGUCCUUGCUGGGACGCCUCUCAAGGAUAUUGAUUGGAGAGUGGAAAAUGGAGAAUCAGGCCAAAAGUUAUAUCCAAGCUGGGAUAGAGACUCGGGGUCGACCGAGUCAGACUUUUCGGAGCCAGGCUCGGAGACUUUGGUUGAAGUAUUUCUUCGACUUGGAGCAAACCCCCUCGCGGUAGAUAACCAGGGGAAAAACGCACUGCAUCAUCUCCUCGUCGAGGUUAGCAAUAACCAGAACGCAGAUUUUCAAGAGCUGCCCAUUGUUCGGCGGUCUUUACGUAUCCUUUCGUCGAGAUACCCGGCUCUGGUGAGCCAGCCUGAUCACCAUGGAAUCUAUCCACUACAUGCAGCACUUCGUCGAAUGCGAUUUCACCCCUUGGCUGAAGAUCUGACUCCGAUCAUCUUGGCAGAGCCUCUUGGGCGUGUCCAAGAGCUCCUGAGAGCUGGUGCUGAUCCCCUGGCUAAAGAUAGAAAAGGAAAUGCCGCGUUGCAUUACCUGGCUGACGACGAUUUAACUGGCAUCUGGUUUGCGACGGGUAAGCGGGAGAUGUUCUAUAACCUGUUAAAAGGCGGGUGCAGCCAGGAUAUAAAUAUGCCCAACAACGCUGGAAAGACUGUGGUGGAGCUCAUAAUGGAUGAUAACGGCCAUUUCCAAAACUGGGAGGAUGUUGAUGCUGAGGUCUUCGCUGCUCUGGAAGAGGCCGGUGUUGAUUGGAAGAUUGAUUUGGAGGAGUCGAUUCCUGGUGAAAAGGGGAUCGAUGCAAAGGAACCGGAUGCAGACGGUUGGACGGCGAGGAAGAUUGCAGAGCAUUACAGAUUGAACAAGUAUCGGUUCUAUGAGGAGCUCGGCAAGCUGGAAAAGGGCGAGGUUCAGGUGGAGGAGCCGUAG